AGCCAGACCCCUCCGCCUCCUUCACUUGGGCUAUAAAAGCCACCGCGAGAGCGCUAGCCGACCAUUCCAGCAAUCGUCGGGCUCCAAUGGCUUCAGUACUCGUCCUCCCAUUGCUCUUCGCUGUGGCCGCAGCAUUUGCCAGCCAAGAUUUGGUUCCCGCGCGAUGUUUGCAAGGACCCAAGUUCUGGUGCCAGGAUGUGGCCACAGCCGUGGAAUGCCAGAGAGAGCAGUACUGCACGAGCCUCUGGGCCGAUGUUCCUCUGUGGGAUCAGCUGGAAGAGGAAGAUGAGGCUCGGCCCCCUAACAAGAGGUGCACGUUCUGCACCCAGAUUGUGGAGAAGCUCAAGUCGUUGAUUGGUGAUGACCCCGAUGAGGACGCUAUCAACAAGGCCCUGGGCUCCGUGUGCAGAUCUGUGGGCAGACGCCUGGCCCGGCAGUGCAAAUCGUUGCUGAAAAAGUACAAAGAUCAGCUCAUGGAGGGACUGCAGAACGGCGAUGAGGCCGGAGACAUCUGCAUCAGCAUGAAAUUGUGCAAGGAGCCCCCAGAGUUCUCCAACUGAUGCCCGCCGCUUGCCCCGAGGCCACGCCGAUUCCCCGAAGCUUCUUGCUGCUGCUGAUUGCACCCACCUGCAAUGCACAGAACUGGCUGGAUGAAGCACGGCAUAGGGCCAGCUGGGACCACUGCAGACCGGAGCAGACAACCGGAGGACAGUGACUCUGCCAGCCCUUGGCCAUCAACUUGGCUCUGGCAUCUCUUCUGCUGGAUAUCGUGAGCCGGUGCACGUGGGCACAGCACCAAGCCAUGCCUAUUUGCACCAGCCAGGCAUCUGACCCAUUUUUUCCCCCCUGCUGCUUUUGGCUUCCUUAUGAAUAAAGUGCUUUGGACAACGUG